CCCCUCCUCUCCCGCACCCCGCAACAGCUCCCCGUGCGUGCAACCAGCCCGGCUCGCAGCAGCAGACACACCGCCGGAGCUUUUGUCUUCGAGGGGGGAAUUUCUCUUUCUUUCUUUCGCUCUUUCUUUCCAACAGACGUCUGGAGCUUCUGAAGCAGGAGUCCAGAAUAUCCAUGUACACUGAGCCGGUUCAUUUUCACCCACGACGGCUGCGCCAAGUGGAUCAGCGUGGCCUCUUUUCCCCUGGAGACCUGACCAUGAAAGGUGAAUGUCCUCAGCUGUAAAGAACCCUUAUCUUUCAUCGUACUGCAGCGUGGACAGCCGGCCAAUCCUUCAUCCCACCAAAAGUACACAGACAAGGCGAGCAGCAGCAGCCAUUGCAGUGGCUCAAUGAAGAACUUGUGAACAUGCACGAGGGAAGGACUCUACCUUUCACUUCGGUGUCUUCCCCAGAUGUUCUGGCCCAAAGAAAGAUGGAAAGAAAUAAGAAGAGCUUGAGCCAAGACUGCUGCACACAACCCAUUCAGUGAGCCAACAGGAGGUCCUCCGCACGCCACGCCACGUCGCCGAGCCUCGCGCUUUCCCCCUCGACCCCAGAACCAACAAGCACUAUGACCUCUGAGCUGGAGAGCAGCCUCACGUCGAUGGACUGGCUCCCUCAGCUCGGCAUGAGGACAGCCAUCCAAAAAGCAGACGCGGGACACCACCACCACGGGCACCACCACGGGCACCACCAUCUCCACCACCACCACCACCACCACGCUCACCACCACGGGCACGGCCCCGGCAAGAAAAUCAUGCACUUGGAGCCAGGGACCACGCUGGACCAGGAGGAAGCAGCACAGCACAGAGAUGGUAAACCUCCCUACAGCUACGCCAGCCUGAUCACCUUCGCCAUCAACGGCUCGCCGCGGAAACGGAUGACCCUCAGCGAGAUCUACCAGUGGAUCUGUGACAACUUUCCCUACUACAGAGAGGCGGGCAGUGGCUGGAAGAAUUCUAUACGACACAACCUGUCCUUGAACAAGUGUUUUCUCAAAGUGCCUCGCUCCAAAGACGACCCUGGAAAAGGCUCCUACUGGGCCAUAGACACCAAUCCCAAGGAAGACGCCGUACCCAGCAGGCCCAAGAAGAGGCCGCGCUCCGGAGAACGAGCGUCGACUCCUUACAGCCUGGAGUCGGAGUCUUUGAGGAUGGACUGCAUCAUGUCGGGAGGGGCGUCGCCCACGCUCGCCAUCAACGCCGUGACCAACAAGGUAGCGCUCUACAACCCCGAAGCAGAAGGCAGUGAAAGUCCUGGGAGUUUGGGUGGCAGCCUGAGCAACAGCCUCUCGGAGCAGAGCCUGGCGUCUGUCAACCUUAACAACCUGAGCACGGCUGUCAGCAGCGGCAGCAGCGUACACGGCUACACACCAGUGAGCAGUCACUCAGAGCCUUCAUCCCAGUCCCUGAGCCUCCAGCAGCCCAGCCAGCCGCCGCCGCCGCCUCCGCCUCCCCCGCAGCCCCAGUACGGUUUGCCCGUCCCCGAGUCGCGGGACAAGACGCUCUGCUUCUCGGACUUUGAAGACCUCAGCGCCUCGUUCCGCAGCCUCUACAAGUGUGUGUUUGAGCAGUCCUUCUCUCAGCAAGGUUUGAUGAGUAUGCCCGGCGACUCCAGUCAGCCGGCCCGGACCGCCUGCUCCUACCAGCACUCGCCCGGCGCCGGGAGCGGCGGCGGAGGCGCCGGCCACCACCACCAACACAACCACAGCCAGACGACGCACCACCCGCACCACCCGCACCUUUCGCCUCACUCCACCCACAGCCAGCACCAGGCGCACGGCCAGCACCCCGGACACCCGUCCCUCUCCCACCACGGCGUGCAGACCUGCCCCUCAACAGGCAUGUCAUCAGACUGGUACCCCAACCUGGACUGGCUGAAAGAGAGCUGCCGCAUUGCUACGAGCUACAACUGGGCUGACGUGGACCUCUCCCCGUUUCAAGGUCUGAAGGAGAGCAUGCGGCAGGCCGAACUCAACAACUGGUCCCUGGAUCCGGCCCAGAUGGCCGACCUGUGCUCCUCCAUCAACCAGUUCUUCACUGCCACGGGGGUCAUCCCCCCGCAGAGCGCCAGUCACCCGCAACCUCAGGUCCAACACCCGACGCCGCCGCAGGCGCCGCCGCCGCCGCAGCAUCCGGCUCAGCCGCACGGGGCCAUGCACCCCAAGCCCAGCCACCACAACCAACACAUCAACACGGGGAACAUGUACAUGGACUCCAGACAGAGCAUGUCUUCUCUGAUGGGACCGCCGGGGUAUCCACACCUGCCCCUCAUGAGCAACACGGCGCCCGCCAUGACGGGAGACUCCUCCAUCGCCCUGCUAGCAGGUCAUCACAGCCAGCUGAGCCAGCAGGCGCAGCAACACGCACUGCCGCCCGCUCACUUCCAGGUGAGACGCAUGCUCGCCGCCGACGACAUCCAGGACGACUUCGACUGGGACUCCAUAGUCUGAACCGAGCCGGACGACGAAGGGUCGGACUGGAAAUGACACAGAGACAAUGUGAGAGGACGGCGACCCGAGGUACGGGACGACCGGCUCCUUUCACCUGCGUGAACAGACAGACGACAAUCCGACACAAACGCAGAGGCUUUUUGUUUUCCAGUCAUGCAGGCCAACUUUUUUUGUUUUUCCUCCCGAUCCCAGUGAUUGAGUCUAAAGACAAUCAUUGAAAUGAGUUGGAUGAAGCCAAGAUGUGAACGCGCGCUCUGCGGAGCAAAAAGACGUCAAAAAGAGGUUUUCUGAAUCUUUCAUGUUGCAUCCUCCUCCCCCCCUCAAUGCCGACAGGGUUACAAGUCACCAAAGUGUUGUCAAAUCGUCUGUGAACUACCCCCUUUCUUUUUAUAAACCCGUUUCCUGUUCUAUCCUGUGUCCCCAGGUUUUAGCACUUGUGACUAAAAUAGGAAAAAGAAAAAAAAAAAAGGAGAGACACACGUUUCAACCUUGAUGCAGUAAAUCACGUUUUCUCUCACACAGAUUGAACGUGAAACAUGUUCUCAUCUUUUAUCGUUUGCUGCUUCUGACAGUUCGGUUUUUUUUCCUCUGUUGUUGGCUUUUUCUGUGUCUCACCAGGUGCAGAGUGCAGCACAGCACCAUCUGCUGCUUAAAACCGGCAAUGUCUCUGCCUCUGUCACUCCACCAACAUCUAUGCAUCACACUCUUUCCUGAUCUUCUUUCUUUCACUCCGAAAACCGACGCGGAUCUUUUCUCGCUCCAUCGCGCCAUUUCUCAGGGUGUAGUAUUCACAUCCAUCCAUAAACUUCUGCCAUCGACAUCACUGUAUGUGAGAAUAACUGUGUGUCGUACGGUGCUGUCAGUAUUGAAAUCCUGCCGGCCAGCGGCAGGCUUCCCCCGUGACUGUAAGUCAAAAGGUUUCAGAUCUUCAUCUGUCAGCUGCAUAAGCUAAGCUAAUGCAAAAUACUGUGGAAUAAGCUUUCCGUAACUCGUAGAGCAGCCACUAAUUAAAGUGAAACAAGACGCUGGCGAGACUCAGACGUUCUUUUUCUGCGAUUAUACAAUAGUGUUUCUCCAAGUCCUGUAAUUUUGAGAAGAAGAAAAAAAAAAAAAACGUGCAUAUCAUUUACAGCCAGGCAGAAAAGGUUGGUCGGAAUUUUCAAGACGCCUCUUCUUCCAGAGGCGGAGCAGCUUUUUGCACAGCGCCGAGCUCGAGAGCAAUCCAGCGAAUAGGAAGAGCGAGAACCGUGAAAUUUCUUUCAAUUAUGUAUUUCAAUGAAACGACGCAAAACGAACGGCAAGGUGAACAGAGGCUACAAAAUGCUCAAACUUUUGGGUUUUUUUUUUCACUGUGAUGUUAUUUUUGUCUACGUGUACAAGUGUGUAUAGUCCUCUCUGAUUUCCUUUAGCAUACAGCUUCAUACAGCUUGAAAAAAAAAAAGCAUAAGAAUCUAGUGAAUUUUUUUUGUGUUAUUACUUGAAGGUCACAUAUUUCACAUACUGAAAUAUUGGACCUUGAAGAGCUCUUUGGUUUGAAAGAUCUCAGUAAUUGUUCAGGUGGUCAAAACAAGGUCUCAUUGUAGAAAAAAAAAAUUAAAAUACUCUUUAAUAUUACCAUUAAAUGCUGUAUAACAGUGACCAGCAUAUAUAUCUUCUAUGUUUUGUGUGUUGUUGUCCUUGUAAAUAAUGGUAUGUUACUCCUCUGUUUGCCCAUGAAAAACACAGACUGAUAAAAAAAAAAAAGAAAAGAAAAAAGAAAACAGCAAAUGGAGACUGUAUUUUGUUAUUUGUCCUUCAGGAGACACAUAAUGUACAUAUCUUCGGUAUAUUGUAAAUAAGUGAUUUAAAAAAAAAAAGGAGCGAGAGAGAGAGGAAAAACUGGCCUUGGCAUUUUGUGUGUCAUAGAUAAUCUGUGUAUGACAGUUCAACAGUUACAAUCUGUUUCAGUGUUUAUUAAAAUGUCAUUGACCAUUUUUACUGCGCUAACCCUGCAUCUGCUGCCGUUAUUUCUUCCGCUGUUUACGUGUUUGAGUUAUUAGUCCGUUAAAAAA